AUGUCCUCAUUGUUGCCUCUUGCCACUUACAACUUGGCUCUUCAGCCAUUUUCCCCAGCCCCAGCUAUCGAAGAAGACUACCCAGUCACCAUCAGAUUGACCUUGGCUGCUGUCGACCCAGAAGCCGUUGAUGAAAAGGCUGAGCCAUCUACUUUAAGAUUGUUAAAGAGAAGCAACAGAUUCAUCGACGACUCUGAAGAUGAAGACGAUGAAGAUGAAGAAGAUGAAUUGGAUGACGAAGAAGAAGAAGAAGAAGAAGAAGCCGCUGAAGAAAAGGACGGUGAAGACUCUGAAGAUGAAGAUGACCUUGACCUCGAUCUUGAUGACGAUGAAGAAGGUGACGUUGAAGAAUUCAUUGUCUGUACUCUUUCUCCAAAGGUCCAAUUCCAACAAACUAUUGACUUGACCAUCAACCCAGAAGAAGAAGUCUACUUUGUAGUCACUGGUUCUUACCCAGUCCACCUUUCUGGUAACUAUGUUGAACAUCCAGCUGAUGAAACCGACUCUGAAGACGAAUUCGACGAAGAAUACGAUGACGAAGAGUACGACAUGACCCCAGAUGAAGACGAACUUGCAUACGACUUGGAAGACCUUGAAAACGCUUCUGACGUUGAAAACAAGAUUGAAGAAUUGCUUGAAGAAGAAUCCAAGAAGAGAUCCAGUGAAGAAGUUGAAGCCCCAGUCGCUGCUGUUUCCAAGAAGGCCAAGAAGGCUGAAAAGAAGGCCGCUGCCGCUGCUGACAAGAAGUCUGUUCAAUUCACCAAGGAAUUGGAACAAGGACCAACUGGUUCCACUCUUGUUGAACAACCAAAGGAAGCCGCUGCUGCCAAGAAGGAAACCAAGAAGGAAAAGAAGGAAAGAGCCAAGAAGGAAGCCGCCGCUGCCGUUGCCAAGGAACAAGAAGAAUCCGGUGCUCCAAAGGACAAGAAGUACCCAACCAAGACCUUGUUGGGUGGUGUUGUCACUGAAGACAGAAAGAUCGGUAAGGGUCCAACCGCCAAGUCCGGUAACAAGGUUGGUAUCAGAUACAUUGGUAAGUUGAAGAACGGUAAGUCUUUCGACAAGAACACCAACGGUAAGCCAUUCACCUUCGGUUUAGGUAAGGGUGAAUGUAUCAAGGGUUUCGACUUGGGUGUUGCCGGUAUGGCUGUUGGUGGUGAAAGAAGAGUUAUCAUUCCAGCCAAGAUGGGAUACGGUAGCCAAGCUUUGCCAGGUAUUCCAGCCAACUCUGAGUUGACCUUUGACAUCAAGUUGGUUUCCAUCAAAUAA